AUGGCCGAAGCUGCCGGGCUUGGUAUUGGAGUCGCCGGACUAGCAGGCCUAGUGACUUCUGUCCGGGACGCCAAAGAGAGAUUUGACUCAUACAAGAAUGCCGAAUUCGAGUCACGUCCUCUACUCGCCCAACGUGACGCGGAUCGGAUCAUGCUACAACAGUGGAGCGAGAGUGUGGGCUAUGGCGACAAGCAGUUGAAGGAUGGACACCACUCGGCCUUGAUGACACAAAAGUGCGCGAAACAGUCGACAAGAUCGUCCAGUGCAUCCGCAACGUUGAUUCCAGUGCAGAAAUCAGCGUCUCGACAGCAGGGUCGUCGUGGUCAUGCAAAAGGGUCGGUGUGGUUGGAGAAAUAUCACGGGUCCAUGUCCCGGAAAGCGAGGUUGGCUUGGGCUCUUCAGGACAAGAACAAGACUUCCGAACAGACCCAGAACGUCGCGGCACUGCUGCAACGUCUCCACGAUUUGGUGCUGCCACCUGAAACCCACGGCGCAAACUACGUACAAGCUGGCUCAGAAACGUGGGAACUCGGAACCUUACCUGAUCUAAUACAACAAUUGUCUAUGGCAGUAGAAAGGGCUCUUGCGUUAGACAAGGAGCAUAGAAACAACGAGUUCAAGAGAGAGUUUCCCCGGUGGCUAGGAAUCACAUCGCCCACGGCGAUGUACGACAAUUUCGUUCAGAGACGAUUGGAGGGCAUCUGCGAGUGGAUUCUCCAAAGGCGCGAGUUCCAAGAAUGGGAGAAACCAGAAUUGGCUCAUACCAAAGCCCUAUGGAUUCAUGGUCCUGCUGGGUACGGCAAGACAAUUCUCUGCGCCAAGGUCAUCGAACACCUUAGAUUCACCAACUCUCUCGUCGCGUACCACUUUUUUUCGUCAGAUUCGGAAAGCCGUGCAGACCCAUUUGCCAUCAUACGAGCCUGGACUUACCAGAUGAUCUCCGGGAAUGAACAGGCAUUUGAGCUUGCGUCAGUACGAUGGCAGGCCAGUGACAGACGCCCUGCCACUCCAAAAGACAUGAAGGAGCUCUUCGAAGCUGUCAUGCAGAGCGUACCAGCUUGCGUCUUCAUUGUUGAUGGCCUUGACGAGUGCGCGGGAAUAGGAUACGAUUGCAAGGCCAGUUAUCGACAGUCGCUCAAAGAAUUCUUCACAUUUCUGAAACAGUCCAUCUCCAAACCGUCCCGGCUUAUCGUUGUAAGUCGCGAUGAGCCGGAAAUACGAGAAGGCCUUCACUUGCGCGAAGUCGGAACGCGUUGGGCCCUGUUCGACUGCCCCAUAGGACCUAAGGAUGUCAAGACUGACGCCAUGCGGUUUGCACGGAAUAUUGUAAACCGGAAGUUACAGAACAAAAGUGAGCUGCAGCGGAAUGAAUUAUCGUCCCGCGUAGUCGACCGGUUCGAGUGUAUGUUCCUCGGUAUCCAAAUCCUCGAAGGACAGCUGCGCAGUGGGAAAAGCCUGGGCUCUCUUCACCGAACAAUUGACCAAGCACCUACUAGACUGACUAAUCUUUACGAUCGGAACUGGAAAAGGAUCACCGAUCUUCCAGAACCUGACAGAAGCCGAGCGCUGGCGAUUUUGCGGUGGGCUACCUUCGCUUCGCGUCCAAUGACCAUUCUCGAGAUCACAGAAGCGCUGUUUCUCGCCGACGAAGGAUGCGAGACAUUAUCAGAAGAUGAACUACCAGAUGCGAUUGACGAAGAUUAUAUCCGGUCGGAGAUUCUCGAGCUCUGCGGACUACUGGUCGAAACUCGAGGCCCAGCCUCCGAGCCAGCGUUCCUGACUGUCCACCUGACACAUUUUUCGGUAAAGCAAUACAUUCUCUGUCAUGAACUCGUUCCGGCAGGGCAGUUGAUCUCAAAUGAGCAAUUGAGAUCUAGGCAAGAGGCAAGGGAAAACAAUUUUCUUGCUAUUGCAUGCCUUCGCUACUUGAGCUUUGACCAAGUAUGGCAGGAAACACUGGCAGAAGGGAAGACCACUAUGAUCCGAGCGUUUCGAAAAUACGCGAUCGCGUCAUGGUACCAACAUGUCAAACGAGACGUAGACAAUGCAAGGGAAGCUAUAGACUACGUGAAUGCUUUCUUCCACACAAAGAAUAAAAAUUGGGAAUGCUGGAGAAAACAGGCCGAGACCUUUUUUCAGGAUGAUAUGUUGCGAUACCAAGGCGAAAUUCAAGUUGGAGGCAGGUUAUUCUACGCAGCCUUACUUGGGUUUAUGGAAACAAUGAUUUAUCUCAUCGACGAAGCCGGUCUAUUCAUGGACCAUGUUGAUUCCUCGAAUCGAACCACCCUCUUGGCAGCUUCGUCAACAGGGUGGAAUUCUGGGGUUAUAUAUCUAAUUCAAAAUGGAGCUAGUCCGAACAUACCAAGCAAUGAGAGGAGAACUCCACUCUAUGUUGCUUCCACGAAAGGGCGUACGGAGAUUGUCAAGUUCCUUCUGGAGGAAGGGGCAGAUUGGACAGUCACAAACAACUUUGGAUGGACCCCACUCAACUCGGCUUCAGACAGUGGCCACUUGGAGGUGGUCAAACUGUUAAUGGAGAAAGGGGCAGACUUGACUACUCCUUGAUCAUCAGCCUAAUGCUACCACCUUUGGACCUGACGCCAUGUGGACACCAUUACUUCUUGCAUGUAGGAAGGGACACGUUCAAGUUGUUCAAGCACUACUCGCUAGUGAUCAGUUUACAGUAAACACUACUGAUUGGCAUGGCUCAACCGCUUUAUUUGCUGCAGC